AUGGACAAUGCCACAUGCCAGGAUCCACACAAUCAUAUUUUUCUGGAUGCACCUCAGAAGUCAGGCAAAAGGACAGAGGUCGUCGACAUAUUUGACAGAGGAGGCACUCGUCACGAGGCUGUGGUUCCGUUUGGAUACGCUUACACAUCACUUCCAACUGUCUUUCAGAGACCAUCUUCAAAGACAUAUCUUUUUGAGCUUGACGACUUCCAAAAGAUAUCAGUAUGCAGCCUGGAAAGAGACGAAAGUGUUCUUGUAAGUGCACACACAAGCUCAGGGAAGACCGUUGUUGCCGAGUAUGCAAUUGCAAUGUCGCUCAAGAGCAAGCAGCGUGUUGUUUACACAUCUCCAAUCAAAGCUUUAUCAAACCAGAAAUACAGAGAAUUGCUUUCUGAGUUCCAAGACGUGGGCCUAAUGACCGGAGAUGUCACUAUUAAUCCUACUGCAUCUUGCCUUGUGAUGACCACAGAGAUUCUUAGAAACAUGCUAUACAGGGGAGGCGAGGUAGUUAGGGAGAUUCAUUGGAUAAUAUUUGAUGAGAUUCACUACAUGCGUGACAAAGAGCGUGGCGUUGUAUGGGAGGAAACAAUCAUACUGCUUCCAAAGCACAUCCGAAUGGUAUUUCUGAGCGCUACCAUUCCAAAUGCAUUGGAAUUUGCUGAAUGGAUAAGCUUCAUCCAGAACCAGGUCGUACAUGUUGUUUACACUGAAAAGCGUGUGACUCCGUUAGUGCAUUAUUUCAAGUCUGAUAAGUUAUACAAGAUAAAAGACACAAAAUUCCACAAAUCAAAUUUUCUUUCAGCAAUGCGAUCCACAAGGAAGAGAAAAAUCGGAUAUAAGGAUGUCAACAAUGCAAUCAAGGAUGCUUCGCUUCCUGUCGUUGUUUUUUCAUUCAGAAGAAAGGAUUGUGAGCGCUUUGCUACUCAACUCGAUGGAAAUUAUCUGUCAGAUGAGGAGGCUAAGAUGGUCCGGAUGAUCUUUACAAAUGCAAUUGUAUCACUGCGCAAGGAGGAUAGGGAGAUCCCGAUCAUUCAGAACAUCCUGCCUCUUCUUGCAAGGGGCAUUGGAAUACAUCACUCAGGACUUCUUCCAAUAAUCAAGGAGGUUGUUGAGAUUCUUUUCCAAGAGGGUCUUCUGAAGGUUUUAUUUGCAACAGAGACGUUUUCAAUUGGACUGAACAUGCCUGCCAAGUCUGUUGUGUUUACUGCAUUGAAGAAGUAUGAUGGCGAGCGAACAAGACUGAUUAAUCCUGGAGAGUACAUUCAGAUGAGUGGAAGAGCAGGACGCCGAGGACUCGAUGAGAUGGGUAUUGUGAUUUGUAUCAUAUCAGAGCCUAUCACACAGAAAGAAGUUGACAGAUUGCUUUCCCCGUCGUCUGAGAACCUUAUUAGUGCAUUUAGAUUGACAUACAAUAUGAUUCUGAAUUUAAUGAGAGUUGAAGACCUCAACCCAUUGUAUUUGAUUAGCAGAAGUUUUUUCCAUUUCCAAGCUUACAAAAAGUCUCUGGGUAAGGAGGCAGAGGUUUUUGAGAUGUAUGCGCAGCUGGAGCAGAUGAAGCCGAAUGAUGUUGCCAGGAUGUACAUUGAAAGGGAAACCAUGAGGGUUGAACGUAACAUGAGCUUGAAGCCAAUGAUUGGGGAAUACUUGAAGAAAGGAAGAGUGGUUGAUCUGUUUAUUCCGAGAGGCGGCCCAUCAUUGAUUGUGCGAAAUGCAAUUGUGUCUAAGGUAAAUGAAAAUGUGCGGUGCAUGGUGAAUACAGACAAGGGAGUAUAUAUGUGUAAUUAUCCGUUGCAUUAUGUGGACUGUGUGUACAACAGCAGAGUAAAACUGAACUUAAAAGUGUUUUCCAGAAAAUUUGAGAAGAUUUUGAUUGAUUCAGAUCUUGAUAAGAAUAUAGAAGACAUUGAGGCAAAGAUUGCUGAUAAAUGUCCUGGAUGGAAUGGAGAUGAGUGUGCCAUAUGUGGCAAUGUGUCUACAAAAUGUUUGCUUUCAUGCGGAUUGGAAUUUCUGAAUGGAAAGUGUGUGGAAGAAAUAGACCUGAAUGACUGCAACAAUCAAAGAAUACCAGGAAUAUCUGAAUGUUCAAGACGGUCUAGAUGCAAAGAUAAAUGCUUAUGCAAUUCAUACACAUGUGAACAAGAUGUUAGUAAUCAUGGAGACAUGGCAAUCCAAUUGGAAUCAAUGGCUGAAUGUAAACAAUACUUUAUAAGCGAAGUUUCAAAAAGAAAAUACCUUAGCAAGCUAUCUGAGCUAAACCAACUUUAUGAGAUUUAUCACAUGAAAGAAUGCAUGAAAAUGAUUGAGGUUUUGAAGAAGCUUGAAUACUGCGAUGACACAACGGUGCUGAUCAAGGGGAAAAUGGCAUGCGAGAUUUCUUCUGGUGAUGAGCUUGUGCUUACAGAGAUGAUCCUGAAUGGGGAUUUUGCUGGGCUUCCUGCCGAGCACUUUAUUCCUUUGCUGUCUUGCAUUGUGUUUGAGGAGUGGGACUCUGAGAACUUUGUGCUCAGCGAUGAAAACAAACGAUAUUACAAGCUCUUGAGUGACUCUGUUGAAAAGGUAUGUAAAGUGCUGAAAUCUUGUUCGAUAGGUGCUGAUCCUGCAGUGUAUCUAAAAAGGUUUUCAUACGAAUUGAUGGAUGUUGUGAGAAUGUGGGUGUGUGGACACACAUUUACAGCCAUAUGCAACAGUACAAGCAUCUUUGAAGGAAGCAUAAUCCGAACCUUCCGAAGACUGGAGGAACUUUUCAGGCAGCUUGGCUGUGCAGCAAGAGUAAUAGGAAACACAGAUUUGGAAAGCAUGUUUGAGUUGGGAAUUACCAAGAUCAAGCGAGACAUAAUCUUUGCAAACUCACUUUACAUAUGA